AACUUUGCAAAAAUGAGCGACAUUGGUGAAAGUGAGCCUAAAUUAUGUGGGGGAUUUACUGACCCCAGGGAACCUGAUUCCGGAGAUCAAACUACACUUGGCAAGGUAAAAGAACAGUAUGUGAAAAAGACCAAGACGAACCCUGGAAAAUUUGUAGCAAUCCUUGUCCGUUCUCAGGUUGUUAACGGCACAAAUUACCUUUUCAAGGUUGACAUUGGAGAAGAAACUUGUAGCCACCUUUUGGUCUACAAACCUCUGCCUUGUAGAAAGCAGGAAACAUGUUUGGUGGCUUUCCAGCUGCAUAAGAAAAUGGAUGAGGAACUGAAGGUUUUCCAUAAGGAAGAUAAGAACGAUACCAGAGAAUGAAGAUGAAGAAUCCUCAUAGGACAAAUAUUGCCUAAUUCACUUUUUAGUUAGUCGUCACAAAAUUCCUAAUUAUAUCACAUGUCAUGGAGAAUAAAGUACACAGCACAUCUCUACAA